AUGGGUGCAUCAGGCUUAGGUUCUGGUUUAGCUAAAUGCAUUAAUCUCUCAAAUUUGACACUUAAUCUUGCUGAGAAUUUAAUUGGUGACGAAGAUGCAUCAGGCUUAGGUUCUGGUUUAGCUAAAUGCAUUAAUCUCUCAAAUUUGACACUUGAUCUUUGGUAAAAACUGUUUAUUUGUUUUGGAUUGUGA